UGGGUUCGAUCACGUAUAAAAAGUGCGCUGUGGCCCACAGAUAGACACACUUCGAGUCGAGCAGCACUUCCAGCAGCAUCACAGCCCAAGUCCAAGCCCAAGCUUAAGACAAAUAUUCAAACAUGAAGUUCUUCGCAUUCCUCGCUGUCUUCGCUGCCGUCCUGUCGCUGGCCCGUGCACAGACUCCGACAGGCACUACAACCUCUCCAACAGCGACAUCGACAGCGCCAACACCCUCGUCGCCGACCACCACGACAACGUACACCUACACGACGUCGCCCACAACACCGACCACCACCCUCACCACCACCACAACCACCCCCAAGCCCUUCAAGCAGCAGCUCCUGUCGCUGCUGUUCAACAAGAAGACCGGAUAAGCAGCUGCCACUCUCCCGCCACCGAUCCCCCCUCCGAUUAGUACAAUGACAACAACAUAAUAAAAACAACAAACAAACAAACAAA